AUGGCCAUUUGCUGCAGCGCUGUGGCUUGUCCAAAUGUUCCAUGGACAGCCAUUCUCAUGAGCAUAUUUGAUGCAUCCCAAAUGCCCCCUCUCAGCAGCCUUUAUGCAGGUCCAGACAUCCCAGUGGCAGCCGAUUUCAUGAGCAUAUUUGAGGACAUCCAAUUGGCCAAACCAAGCUGCCAUUUUACAUGCAUUGAUGCUACCCCAUGGACAUCCAUUUUCACGGGCAUACUUGAUGAUGUUCACAUGGCCAUUUUCUGCUGCCAAGCAAGCACAUGCUGCUCCCAAUGGAUAGCCCUUUUUGACAGCAUAUUCUAG